GAUAUUUUUAGAUGAUCCUCAAAACCAGCCACGCAAUGGGCCAAAUACACAAACAGUCAUCCGAUAGGUGAAAGAGUUGAUACUCUCCCUCCAACAACACACAUUCUACUUUCCAUUUGGCCACUUUACCAACAUGGCAACCAUCAACCCUUUUACAGUCGACGACGAGCGCGAGAACCCAUUUGAAGCACCCGAAGAGCGUCCAUCCGCCAACAAUCCCUGGCAAACCGCUCCCUCUUCCUCGCACUCGCGCCAAGCCUCAUCAAAUCCGUAUGCAGGAAAAUCGAUACGAGAAUUGGACCUCGAAAAGCGAGAAGCAGAAGUCCGACUCAAGGAAGCUCAAAUCGCCGAACGGGAAAAGCAGCUCAAUGCCUUUCAAAUUCCGAAUUGGCCAAAAUUCCGGCCAAUGAUUUAUCAUGAUAUUGAAAAAGACAUACCAGAAGGUGGACGAUGGCUUGUUAGGAGGGUUUACUGGGCGUGGUAUCUGGCCGUGCUAGUCUAUUUUGUAAAUGCCAUUGCAGCCUUUUCGCUCCUAGUCACCAAAGGCGAGGCGGGUGGAGCGACAUUUGGGUUGGCGUUGAUCAUCUUUCUUAUUGGGACACCGGUUUCCUUUGUAUUUUGGUACCGCCCUCUCUACAAUGGGGUCAAGCAAGAUUCGAGUAUUAGCUUCUUUUUCUUUUACUUUAACUAUGGGUUUCACUUGGCGGUUGCGGCUUUAUUUGCUGUUGGGAUACCUGGCUGGGGCGGCUGCGGUGUCAUUCUCGCACUUUCUCAACUGGGCAAGAAUGUGCCAUCCGGUGUCCUGUGUGCAAUAUCAGCUGGUCUCUUCAUCUUUGAGUGUGUGUAUGGGUUAUGGCAGAUCAAAAAUGCAACCGUUUAUUUCCGAAGCAAAGGCAUGAGUGCCCAGCAGGCCCGGAAUCAGGCUGUUGCUGGGUUUGCUGGUAGCAAAGUUGGGCAGGAGUUGGCGGGACAUGCGGUAAAGACUGCCGUUGCCGACAUGCGAAGGUAAUUUUUAGAUAGGUAGGCAUAUAAUUGUCUGUAAGGAUUUUUUCUAAAAAAGAUUCUAAUGUGGAAUGAUAUA